AUGCGAAUGGUGGCUGGCUAUGGGCAAGUGCCUAGCUCAGUGCACAACAUAGUGACGGCUCAGACCCCUGCUAUUUUCUCCCCAGGAUUGAGCACAGAAGGCAUCUACCGAGUCAGCGGGAACAAAUCGGAGAUGGAGAGUCUACAAAGACAGUUUGAUCAAGACCACAACCUGGACUUGGCAGAGAAAGACUUUACAGUGAACACUGUGGCCGGUGCCAUGAAGAGCUUUUUCUCAGAACUACCAGAUCCUCUGGUCCCCUACAACAUGCAGAUCGACUUGGUGGAGGCUCACAAAAUCAACGACCGGGAACAGAAGUUACAUGCCCUUAAGGAGGUAUUAAAGAAAUUUCCAAAAGAAAACCACGAAGUCUUCAAAUAUGUCAUCUCUCACCUAAACAAAGUCAGCCACAACAACAAGGUGAAUCUCAUGACCAGCGAGAACCUCUCCAUCUGCUUCUGGCCCACCCUGAUGAGGCCCGACUUCAGCACCAUGGACGCCCUCACGGCCACACGCACCUACCAGACAAUCAUUGAACUCUUCAUCCAGCAGUGCCCAUUCUUCUUCUACAACCGGCCCAUCAGCGAGCCUCCCGGUGCCGUGCCCAGCUCCCCCUCAGCCUUGGCUUCCACCGUCCCCUUCCUCACCUCCACACCUGUCACGAGUCAGCCGUCACCCCCCCAGUCUCCUCCACCCACCCCCCAGUCCCCGAUGCAGCCACUGCUCCCCUCCCAGCUUCAAGCCGAACACACGCUGUGAGCCACCAAGGCCCGGGGUGACCCGAGAACCGGUCUUCUCUCUGAAAGGGUGGCAUCCGGCACUGAACAAAACCAAGUUCCUGGGGCAGGGGAGAGUGUCCCUCCCUCACUUUCUCAACACCUCAGCUGUGCCAGCCAGUGAGCUUCCACUGGCUGAGCUGUCGGGUGCCCCAGGCCCAGCACUACAGACUGGGCUGGCUGCAGGCAGCAGCAUGGGCCUGACCUUGGACUUGGACACUUUGAGGACUGAGCGAGUCAGGCAGCAGCCCCAGGGCCCUCUGCGCGCUCCCUGCUCCCCAGCCCACCUCCCCUCCUGCCCGCCUGUCUGCACACACCAGCCUCAGGGCCUCUGCUCCCUGCUUGUACAGAGCCCCUUGUUGGGACAGUCCCCUGGCCUUUGCCAGGGGAGGAGGAUGUUCUGAGAGUCAGGCCUGUCCCAGGGCGGGGCCGGCGACCCCUGAAGAGAACACUUCCCAUUUCUUUUGUCUAUCUCUUCCCACCUUCCAUGUCUGCACACACGCCCCUGUGGCAGGGGCAGCCUGGCUAGCAACCUGCUCUUGACACGCGGGCCACAGCUCUCCACCCGAGGUGCAGGCCCAGGGCGUCUGCCCGGUGGUCAGAACAGCAGGAGGACAGCUCUGUGCCUGGCUGGGAGCAUGCGGCGCCUUCUCCAUCCCUGCCCCUCCCUGCACAGGAGAGACUCCCUUCGAACAAAAGAACCCCAGGAGGAAACAGAAACCACAGAAAGAAAGCGACAGGCCUCAGGGUUCCACUCACCUCUGUGGGAGGCACACAGGUGGUAUGGGCCCUUGUCUUUGUGACAGCAAAAACAGACUGCCUGGGCUGUGACCUGGGGGCCUGUUGGGGUCCCACUGGAUCUUGUCACCGGAUCCCCUUUCUGCCAAGAAGAUGAAUCGAGCCCUUGAUGGGGAGAGCUGGAGAGACGGGGCAGCUCGGAUCCCGGGCCACCCUGGAACACAGUACAUUGCUAUAGAAACACUACUUGAGUGUGCGUGUGUCCGUGGGGGGUGCCGGCUGCCCUUGGGGUCUGGGUUCGCGGGUCUGGUGUGGAAGUAGAAGGGCUACUCGUGGGCGGGAGGUGGGCGCUUGAAAGGAGUGGUGGCCGCCAAAGCACAGAGGCCAUGCUCCGGCCCCUCCCCUGCCCGGAGCCCUUUCCGCCUGCCUCCGCCUAGCUCAGCCCGCCUGCCAGGCUGCUCAGCAGCUGCCCCACUCUGACACUCGUCCUCACAGCCACACCAGGGCCUCUGCUGCCACGAGGCCUGACCCUUAGUGGGGGGCCGCACCACCUAGCCCUCGGGUCUCGUUGCACUUUAAGAAGCAGGGUCUGUGGCAUGUUGCGAGGUAUCCUGGCAAGUAGGAGCUGCCUUCAGGCUGCAGCCUCCCCACCGCUGGCCGGAGACAGGAGUGGGCCCUGGCUCGCUGGGCUCUUCCCUGGCCAAGUGGCUCGCCCUCUAGUGCUCAGUGGCAAAAGCAGGUGCUUGAAACACGAAACUCCCCCAGACCCUUUAAGAACAAGCCCGAGGUACAGAUGUGUUUACGUGUAGUAAGUUCUGGAUGAUGCAUUUUUCUCUUCUGGUGAUCUGUGCCUGGUGCUGUUGGGCCGGACUGGCUGGAAGGUGGCGUUGGUUUUGUUCUGAGUGAGGCUGGGCACAUGCUUCGGCUCUCCAGCCUCGGGCUCAGGCCGUGCUCACCCCGUCAGCUCUUAAAUUGGGGUGGGAGGAAAGGCAUGAUGGUAGCCUGGCCCAUCCCUCGUGUGAAGACGCAGAAGCAGCUCGG